AUUCCACCCGGUUUGUUGUUCCGUAAGCGCAACAAUGGAACAUGUGAAUUUCGUACUGAAAUCGGUGGCUAUCCAGCGCUAAGACUAUGUCAGAACUGGUGGAAUGCGCAAGACAUCGUGCAGGAAUAUUCGGUUGAUGAGAUCGUUCUGGGGAUGGCAUCGCAAAUAUCCGAACGUGAGGACAGCAUUGUCGUUGAGGAUCUUAGAGAUUUUGUAUUCGGGCCGAUGCAUUUCACCCGAUUGGAUGUUGUGGCGAGUACAAUAAUGCGAGGACGUGACAAUGGAUUACCGCCAUACAACGAACUCAGAAAGAGUUUCAAUCUUCCCACGAAAAAUUGGUCAACCAUAAACCCGAACCUUUACAAUGAGAAUCGCCAGAUGUUCCGCAAACUGGAGGCAUUAUACAAAGGAGAUAUCUCUCAGUUGGAUGCGUACGUCGGUGGAAUUCUCGAAACAAACGGAGAGGGACCUGGAGAACUUUUCGGUGCGGUGAUUCUCGAUCAGUUCCUGAGACUUCGUGAUGGAGAUCGAUUCUGGUUUGAGAACACUUUCAACGGGUAA